UUAAUUAGCGCCGGCAACGCCCACGCCGGCCUGAGCCGGCCGCCCUGCUCUGCGCUGUCGGGUUUGGGCCUGCGGGCGACACUGAUGCUUCCUUCCCAGUAGGCAGCAUGGAAAGUCCCCGGGGACCCUCUGCAGAUGCUUUUCUCAGAUGACAGGCAGCUAACCCUCAGAGGGGACAUCCCCGCUCCUCAGCUGACCAGCUGGUUUCCCCAGUCUUUAACAGAUGGCUGGCUGUCCCGCCUCAGCUCUGCGCUUUAAUACCUGUGUGAACUCUUCCACCCUGAGCCAUGCCUCGGCCGCAGACAUUCGCCAAUUGGUUAAAAGUUGUGGGUAGAGUUUCAGGGGCACAGUGGUUGAAACCUAAAGACCCAGCCUGGCUCCAGCAUACCAGCGUCUCCUGGUGUGGUAUGGCACCACCAACUGUGGGGGGUGAAAUGGGGCAAUGGGCCAGGUGGUGGUGUGACCUCGGUCAUCCGCUUUGGGCUACCUCCGCUGGAAUGGUUGCUGGGUUAGGAUCAGCACACCACCAGGUACACCUUCAGACACAGCAGGAGGUGAAGCUACGCAUGACGGGAAUGGCCCUGCAGGUGGUGCGGACCGACGGCAUCCUGGCACUCUACAACGGCCUGAGCGCCUCGCUGUGUAGGCAGAUGACCUACUCCCUGACUCGGUUCGCUAUCUACGAGACCAUGCGGGACUACAUGACCAAGGACCACCAGGGGCCUCUCCCCUUCUACAACAAGGUGUUGCUGGGCGGCAUCAGUGGUUUGACUGGAGGCUUCGUGGGGACCCCAGCAGACUUGGUCAAUGUCAGGAUGCAGAAUGACAUGAAGCUGCCUCUGAGCCAGCGGCGCAACUACUCUCAUGCCCUGGAUGGUCUGUACCGUGUGGCCCGUGAAGAAGGCCUGAAGAAGCUCUUCUCCGGAGCAACCAUGGCAUCCAGCCGCGGGGCCCUCGUCACUGUAGGCCAGCUGUCCUGCUACGACCAGGCCAAGCAGCUGGUCCUCGGCACUGGGUACCUGUCCGACAACAUUUUCACUCACUUUGUCUCCAGUUUUAUUGCAGGCGGAUGUGCCACAUUUCUGUGCCAGCCCCUGGAUGUGCUGAAGACACGCUUGAUGAACUCUAAGGGUGAAUAUCAGGGUGUUUUCCACUGUGCGAUGGAGACCGCAAAGCUUGGACCGCAGGCCUUUUUCAAGGGCCUCUUCCCUGCGGGCAUCCGUCUCGUCCCCCACACCGUGCUCACCUUCAUGUUCCUAGAGCAGCUCCGGAAGCACUUCGGCAUCAAAGUACCAACCUGACAUCACCGUGGACACCUGGGCCAUGCUCAGUCACUGUGCUGAGCUCCUUGGAGGAGUGGAAGGGGAGUGGACCCCCCUCGUUGGCCUGGGCCCCUGCUCUAUCCCCAGCAGGCUUCUGUUCCCCCCACCCUUGGACUGGCUGGGCCUUCUGACCCUGCCCAGGCCCGGGCUUACUUCACUGGCCUUUGUCCCUUUCUUAGGCCCACUGGAGUGGAACCUCUGCCCUGCUUGCUCCCAGGCUCUCCCCACGGGGCUUUUGCCCUGUGUUCCCACCCCACGAUUCACUCAGGAGAAGAGGUUCCCACCUCCCCGGCUGCCAUGCCGCCCUGCCUGACCUGCCUGGUGAGCAGGAGGAAGCUGACCACCUCCCGCUCACGGCUGGCCCUCUCUACACCCAGCAGCUUCUACCCAGAACCACGGUAGUGUGGCAGGGUGCGGACCAUGGCAGCUUCUGCUUACCAGUGUUCAGAGCGUGCACGCGCUUGUCAUGAGAGGGACCAUCAUGUCGUGUUCUUGAAGGUAGUACCUUCAGGAGAGGGAGCAGGCAGCAGGGACCACCAUGAAGUGGAGUCCAGAGAAAGUGCCUGGGGUUCCCAUGCGCCUCCUGCAUUCAGCCUCGGCUGCGUUAAUGGUCAGUGUUGCUGAAUCCUCCCGGGUCAGCAGCUGCUGCCGUCAUCAGGAGCUGGCUAUGUCUGGCUUCCCUGGCGGUAGGGAGGCGUGCUGGCAGCGCUGGAGCCAUGACGACUUGUAUGUGCCCUACAGGGAUUUGUCUUCCUAUUGUAUGGCAGCGGUCACCCCUCACCAUCCCCCGGGCUUCAAAGCAGCCUGUGUUUCCCCAGAUGGGGUUGGGUCCCAUGAGGUUCCCCCUCACAGUCCCCUCAGCACGGGGUCCUCACCCAGGAGGUGGCAGUGGGCCCAGGGGCACUGUCUGCACCCCUCCUCAGGAUCUAAUAAACCAAGUGGCCUAGGA